GUCGUAGGUAAGAGUCUGUGGUGGAGAAUCAGAUGCCGCUGUUGCCUCAGUUAAACCAAGAUGCCUCUGUUUGGUAAUACCUUCAGCCCUAAGAAGACCCCUCCUCGCAAGUCUGCCUCCCUGUCCAACCUGCAUGCAUUGGACCGAUCCACCAGAGAGAUAGAACUGGGUUUAGAGUAUGGAGCCCCAGCAAUGACUAUUGGAGGUCAGAGUUUGAAGUUUGAGGACGGACAAUGGAUUGCAGAGUCCGGCGGCAGCGUGUCAGGGAAGGAGGUGCAGCGGUUGAAAAAGAGGAAUCUGCAGCUGGAGGAAGAGAACAACCUGCUGCGGCUGAAGAUUGACAUCCUGCUGGACAUGUUGUCAGAAACUACUGCUGAAUCUCACCUAAUGGAGAAAGAGCUAGAAGAGGUGAAGAACCACAAUCGACGAAAGAAAUGAAGAAAAAUAAGAAUAUGAACACAAAAAAUUCUGAACGGCAGUCCCUCGUGAUUGGAGUGGACCGGAGAUGGGUGCAAAGGGGUGGGCAAAUGAAGUGUCCAGACCCAUGGAUGUAUAACAGGAUGUAAUUUAAUACCUUUAUGUUACAUAAUUUUAUGCAUCCACAAACACUAAAUGUUAUGUUUUGAAUUUAAUUCAUCUAUCAAUGGCUUAAUUAUUUUUCUUUCCCUCAUAGGACCAGA